AUGAAUUUGUGGUCACGUGUUGGCCUCUGCAAUGGGGCUACUGGAACAGUUGUUGAUAUUAUCUAUCAGAACAACCAUCAACCACCCGACUUACCUAUUGCGGUAAUAGUAGAAUUUGAAAACUAUAGAGGACCUGUUUUUAAUGAAAGCCGACCAUUGUGUAUCCCAAUAUAUCCAAUCACUGUCACAUCACAGACAGAAAUAGGUUUCCAUGAGAGGCAACAGUUACCUCUUAGACUUGCUUGGGCUCUAACAAUACACAAGAGCCAAGGACUUACACUUCCAAAAGCAUGGAUAGAUAUUGGCAAAUCUGAAAGAACUGCUGGGGUUUCUUAUGUUGCUAUUAGCAGAGUAAAAUCACUUGCCUCUUGUGUCAUUGAACCAAUGACGUAUGAACGAUUAACAAGCUUGAAAUCAUCUGCUAACUUACAAUAUAGGCUUGAAGAAGAAAACAGGCUAGAUCAAUUAGCACAGGCUACCAGCAGUGCAUUUUGA